AUGGCGCAGUUCCUCCUCCACGCGAGCAAGAGCGACGAUCCAGCGCUAGUCCUAGAGCAGCUCGAGAGGGCAGUGAGAUCCCUAGAAUCCUCAUCGUCUUCCUCGGACAGCGUCACGUAUGGAUCAUUGCUCCGGCGGUGUGGAUCCGCGCGGGCGCUCUCCCAUGGCCGCCGGAUCCACGCCCAGAUGAUCAAGCACGGCCGGCUGCGCGGCGACGAGUUCCUCUCCAAUCUCGUGCUCCAGAUGUAUGGCAAGUGCUCGAUCGAGGACGCCAGCGAAUUCUUCCACCGGAUGGAUCCCAGGAACCAAUUCUCCUGGAACAUCAUGCUCUCGAUCCUCUCCCAGAGCGGGCAUCUCGAUCGCGCGGAGAAAUUCUUCUCGGGGAUGCCCAGGAGGGACGUAGCGUCAGAAGGGGAUUUUGCGCGAGCGCUGGGGCUCUUCCGCGCGAUGGACCUCGAGGGCGCUCGCCCGGAUCGCGUGACCUUCGUCGCGAUCCUCGACGCUUGCGGUCAGUCGCUAGCGAUGGGGCUGGGGAUGUGGAUCCACGCCGAGCUCCUCACGGCCGGAUUCCAGGGAGAGAUCACGAUCUCCACCGCGCUGGUGGAGAUGUAUGGCAGACUGGGCAAGAUCGAGGACGCGAGGCGGGCUUUCGAUCGCGCCACUGGGAUCGAUGGCGCUGGCGGCGACGCCGUGCUAUGGGCAGCGAUGCUCGCGGCCUAUGCGAUUAAUCACUCUCCCUCCCAGGCGCGCGAGUUCUUCGAGAACACUCCUCCCAGGCUGCGAUCCAGCGUCUCGUGGACGACGAUGGUCACAACCUACGCCCGCGCCGGCGAUCUCCACGCGGCGCGCCAGCUCUUCGACAAGAUCCCGCGAAAGAAUAACAACGUCGUCGCGUGGAACUCGAUCAUCACCGCGUAUGCCCAGUCCGGGCAUCGCCGCCGCGAGGCUCUUGAUCUCUUCCGCGCCAUGGAUCUCGAAGGAAUCGCUCCCGACAGCGUCACCUUCACCGCCAUCAUCGAUUCGUGCUCCAGCGUCGCCGAGGGAAGGAUCGUCCACUCCAUUCUCACCGACGAGGGGAGAGGAUGGAUCGCCCACUUUGCGAUCAAGACGGCACUGGUAGCGAUGUAUGGAAACUUUGGCCACCUCCGCGAGGCCAAGCUCGUGUUUGACGAUCUUAAGCACCGCGACGUCAAAGCCUGGAGCUCCAUGCUCGCGGCCUUUGCUCUAAACGGCCAUAGCCACGAAGCUCUCGAGAUCUUCCACGCCAUGCAGCUCCACGGCUUCACUCCAAACUCCGUCACCUUUGUGAGCGUUCUUCUGGCCUGUGCUCACGCCGGCCUUCUCAGCGACGUCUACUCCCACUUUGCGUCCCUCUCGGCGGACUACGCCAUAGCUGCGAGCUUGGAUCACUAUAUGUGCGUCGUCGAUGCUCUGGCGAGAUCUGGAAGGCUCAGAGAGGCCGAAGAUCUCAUCGCCACCAUGCCUUUUGAGCCGGAUGCUGUGGCCUGGACGUCGCUUCUCAGUGCUUCCACUGCUGCUGGUGAUUCUCACAGGGCCAGGAAGGCUGCGGAGUACGUCUACGAGCUCGAUCCCACAAAUGCUGCGCCUUAUACUCUACUUUCUGGUCUCCAUCUCGGCCCUGCUAGAAAUGCUGCUUCUUCGUCUUCGUCUUCCUCGUCUUAUUCCUCGUCUCGUUUGUCCGACCAUGUAACCAAAACCGAAGACGAUAGUUCCUGUCUUUCCACCCUGAACUUCUGUCAAAUUUGA